GAGACAUUCUUAGUAUGUUUAAGCUGACCUUUCCAUAAACCAUUUUAGGGUUUGUUUUGUUUUUUUUUUUCUUUGAAAUGAUCUAAUUAGUUGAAUAUAUACUAGAAAUGCUAGACAAUAAAAAUUUCCAAAGACUAGAAAUGUUCCUUUUAUAAAAUUAAAGUAUUGUAAGAAACUAGCUGAUGGUUGCUAAGUUGAAAAGCAAAUGUGGCAAAUUGUUAAAAAGGAGGAACUCCGGGCAUUGACGAUUACUGCAGGCCCUCUGCAUAUUCAAAGUACUUCAGGUGUUAUGAGGCUUCUCACAUUUUUGUGAUUUCUUACAUUAUAAGCCCUUCUUACAAAGUACAUAAAAAUAGAUGUUUACUGUCACGCCAACAAUACCUCAAGUAGUCACUCUGGUGCCAUUGGUAAUAGAACUGGUUGGGUUUUUGUUUGUUUUUUUUUUCUGGAAAGAAAUUGAAAGACUUCUUAUUUUAUACCAGCAAUGCAAGCAGUGUUAGUUCUCAGAACAUAGUAUAGUAGUGGAAGAGAGAGGGAUACCAGCUACCUCAAAUCCAUGGAGUUAGCUGCUUUAAUUUCACAUUUCCUGCAGCACCUCCACCAGAGGGCAGAAAGUGGAAGAGAAAGGUGACACAAAGGCAUACUAGCCUUCAGAAUGCCUGUAGGACCCUCGAGGACUGAAUCCAAACCUCCUUUUGCAAACUGAGUUAACCUGGCUCAGAAAGGCCGUGUGAUUUGCUCAAGGGAGAGCAGGCUGAAGAAUCCCCUAGGGUCCUCGUUUUCUGACUGGUGUCCAUGCAGUGAUGACUUCUGACGAGGCAGGAUUUUCAUAAGAACACAGUCCUGAAGUUACACUGCCUCCGGGGCAUCCCAGCUCAGGACUUGUCCAGCUGUGUAACCUUAGACUGGCUACUUGAACUCCCUAAAUCUUUCUCCUCUCUAAAAUAAACCAUAAUAGUACCUACCCCAUAAAGUGGCUGAUAGACCCAAAAGAGAGAAUGCGUGUACAGUGCUUAACACAAAGCUUGCCUCGGAUACUAAGAGCUUAAUUUUUGUGGAUUAUGAUAAACUUGUCAGACACUGGAUUUCAAAUCUGAUGUUUGGAACCCUGAUCAAGUCAGCAUUUCAACUUUUUUACUAUAUAUAUAUAUGUAUAUACAUAUAUAUAUAUUUACAUAUAUAUAUUUACUUUUUCAUUUCAUUUCAGAAACAAAAUACUGAUUCCCCCCAGUUGUGCAAAUGUAGACAGUUCCCCCCAGCAAUAAUAUUCAAGGAACAGGUGCCUCGUGCAUACUUUGUGCAUACUUUGUUGACUAUGCGUCGCUUCCACCAGAAAAAUGGAGAUGGAUUUGUUCAAUGACCUCAUGAAUCAUUUUUGACAUUUUCACUUGACCCAAGUUGGAUACAAACUCAUUUUUAAGAAAAAUGCAGUGUAGUCUCCCUGCCCCCCAAACCCCCAGACAUUUGACAACUCGUCUUGGGCUUCAAAUGAUAAAGUGACUUAACCCUCGUGACUGCCCGCAGUGCCCUCCUUGACGCUGUCUGGAGAGGAGCAGAGGCUUGCCACUGACGCAAACGCCGAGCUGCUGGACGGCGCAGUGGCAGCCUGCGGAUGCCCUUCCUAGGAAGUUGCCAACCGGGCUUAUUAGGGAAGCAGCCCGAGGUGCUCCCACAGCCCCGCCAACCUCAGCAAAGUCUCAGGCAGUUUUGCAAAAGCAGUUUCUUCACGAAGCAUGUAACAGAAGGCAGGUUUCUAUUUGUCUAAUGCAAAUAAUGCUCGCCUUCAAAACCUUAACUCUCUUCUAGAGAAAACAAAGUUGGCCUUUUAUUGCCAGUGCCUGCAGUUAUUUUGAUUUUUACUUGGCUAAGCUCUGGCUAAAAGAAAAUGGUCUAGGAUGCGAUAAGGAGAUUUGGGGGAGCCGAGAAGUAACUCUUUGGCUCCCAACUACUCUGUCUCCCACAGCCGAAACUUUCAGGUCUUCUUUUCUUGCCGUCCUCGCCGGGGUGUAAGUUUGGGGGUGGGGGUGGGGGGGGGAGAACCAUCAGUCCGCUUGGCCUUCCCUCUGCCCCUAAAGAGUAACUUCUUUGAAUGCAAAAGAGGUGGGGUUGCGGUGGAUCUGUCCUUAAGGGCUCGGAUGGGUGGGACCCGCCCCGAGACAGCAGUGAGGGGAGGGAGUGGUCCGCGGGUGGGAUCUGUGGAGCAGACAAAAUGUGGGGCCCCUGUCCCUUGAAGUUCAACUUGUCUCUUCCUGAGUGAGGAGCAAGGCGUCCGUAGUACGUCUCCCCCACCCCCAACCCCCAAAGGGGCACAAAGGGGAAAGAAAAGCGACCUGGAUAAGAGUGAGCAGAGGAAAAAGCGAGACAUGUUCUCCAGGAAACAGUCCCCAGCCCUGGCUCGGGAAGAGCGCUACCGCCCAGCGCGGGGUCCGGAGCAGGUAAGAUCCACGAAUUGCGCUUGCCCGCAAACAGGUCGGAUGACCUCUCAGUCCAGAUAAACUCAGAGUCAACCCCUCCUCCCCCUGCGCCCCCCCCCCCCUAGGUGGCCCCUUCCCCCCUCGCCGUCGGUGAGCUUCGGCUCGCCCGGCACGCCGUGGAACUCCCGGCAACCGGUCCUCGGGCGCACGGUCCCCCACGCGUGGCUCAGCGUCCGCGACCCUCGCAAGGUCAUGAGCAGACUUUCCCUCAACGUGCGGAUCGGGUCGGUCCGGAGACCCGGCUCUCCUGGGCAGGCGCGUCGGCACGUCUCCUGCGGAGUCCCUCCUCGGCCGGGCGUCCUGCACGCGGCGAGCGGACCAGGAGGCGCGCGGGCGCCUGGGGAGGCGGCCGCAGGCGCCGUCGGAACGGGCCCCUCGGGGAUCCCCGGCUUCCUCUCCGCGCCAGUGUCGCGGUCGCCCCGGCCCCGGGAGCACCGCGCAGCAGCCCGGCCGGCCCCAGACGUCUUGGGAGCUGUUGACAAUGGCAUGGGUGAUGGCUGCCCUCAGAAGCUGGCAACUGCGAAUAUUCUCCGCUUCCUGUUACUGGUCUUGAUUCCGUGUAUCUGUGCCCUCAUUGUCCUGCUUGUGAUCCUGCUUUCCUUUGUUGGAACAUUAAAGAAAACCUAUUUUAAAUCAAAUGGGAGUGAACCUUUGGUCACCGAUGGUGAAGUCCAGGUGUCUGAUAUUGUUCUUACAAAUACAGUUUGCAACAAGAGCAGUGUGAUAUCUGCUACACAUCCCAACCAGCACAUUCCAGCCCGGACCACGGAUGCUUCUCUCCCGGGGGACCAAACUCACAGGAACACAAGUGCCUGUAUGGACAUCACCCACAGCCAGUGUCAGAUGCUGCCCUACCACAUGACGCUCACACCUCUCUUCUCCUUUGUCAAAAACAUGGAAAUGGAGAAGUUCCUCAAGUUCUUCAUGUACCUCCAUCGCCUGAGUUGCUAUCAACAUAUCAUGCUUUUUGGCUGUAGCCUCGCCUUCCCUGAGUGCGUCGGUGAUGGUGAUGACAGUCACGGACUCCUGCCCUGUAGAUCCUUCUGUGAGGCUGCAAAAGAGGGCUGUGAAUCAGUCCUGGGGAUGGUGAAUGCCUCCUGGCCGGAUUUCCUCAAAUGCUCCCAGUUUAGAAACCAAAACGAAAGCAGCAACGUCAGCAGGAUUUGCUUCUCACCGCAGCAGGAAAAAGGAAAGCAAUCGCUGUGCGGAGCGGCCGAGAGCUUUCUGUGCACCAGCGGGAUCUGCCUGCCCGGGAAGCUGCGGUGCAACGGCCACAACGACUGCAACGACUGGAGCGACGAGGCGCACUGCAAUUGCAGUGAGGAUUUGUUUCACUGUCACACGGGAAAAUGCCUUAAUUAUAGCCUUGUGUGUGAUGGAUAUGAUGACUGUGGGGACUUGAGUGAUGAGCAGAACUGUGAUUGUAAUCCCACAAAGGAGCAUCGCUGUGGAGAUGGGCGCUGCAUUGCAAUAGAGUGGGUGUGUGACGGUGACCAUGACUGUGUGGAUAAGUCUGAUGAGGCCAACUGCUCUUGUCACAGCCAGGGUCUGGUGGAGUGCAGGAAUGGACAGUGUAUCCCCAGCACUUUCCAGUGUGACGGAGAGGAAGACUGCAGGGACGGCUCUGACGAGGAGAACUGUGGCGAAGGUCAGACUCCGUGUCAAGAAGGCGACCAAAGGUGUGUCUACAAUUCCUGCCUUGAUUCAUGUGGCGGUAGCUCCCUUUGUGACCCGAACAACAGUCUAAAUAACUGUAGUCAAUGUGAACCAAUCACGUUGGAACUCUGCAUGAAUUUACCCUACAACCAUACAAAUUAUCCAAAUUACCUUGGCCACAGGACUCAAAAGGAAGCAUCCAUCAGUUGGGAGUCCUCUCUUUUCCCUGCACUGGUUCAAACCAACUGUUACAAAUACCUCAUGUUCUUUGCUUGCACCAUUUUGGUACCAAAGUGUGACGUGAACACAAGCCAGCGUAUCCCACCUUGCAGAGCACUGUGUGAGCACUCCAAAGAACACUGUGAGUCUGUUCUUGGGAUCGUGGGCCUUCAGUGGCCGGAAGAUACAGAUUGCAGUCAAUUUCCAGAGGAACAUUCAGACAACCAAACUUGCCUAAUGCCUGAUGAAGAUGUGGAAGAAUGCUCACCUAGUCACUUCAAGUGUGGCUCUGGACGGUGCGUUCUGGCUUCCAGAAGGUGUGAUGGCCAGGCUGACUGUGACGAUGACAGUGAUGAAGAAAACUGUGGCUGUAAAGAGAGAGAUCUUUGGGAAUGUCCAUCCAAUAAACAAUGUUUAAAGCACACAGUCAUCUGUGAUGGGUUCCCAGACUGCCCUGAUGCCAUGGAUGAGAAGAACUGUUCACUUUGCCAAGAUGAUGAACUGGAAUGCGCAAACCAUGAGUGUGUGUCCCGUGAGCGCUGGUGUGAUGGUGAAGCCGACUGCUUGGACAGUUCUGAUGAAUGGGACUGUGUGACCCUCUCUAAAAAUGUGAGCUCCUCUUCAUUCCUGAUGGCUCACAGAUCUGCCAAAGAACACCACGUGUGUGCGGAUGGCUGGCAGGAGACAUUGAGUCAGCUGGCCUGCAAGCAGAUGGGUUUAGGAGAGCCAUCUGUGACCAAAUUGGUACAGGGACAGGAGCAAGACCAGCAGUGGCUGACGUUACACUCCAACUGGGAGAGCCUCAAUGGGACCACUUUGCAUGAACUGCUGGUAAAAGGGCAGACUUGUCAUAGCAGAAGUAAGAUUUCUCUUCUGUGUACUAAACAAGACUGUGGGCGCCGCCCUGCCGCCCGAAUGAACAAGAGGAUCCUUGGGGGUCGAACGAGUCGCCCUGGAAGGUGGCCAUGGCAGUGUUCCCUGCAGAGCGAACCCAGCGGACACAUUUGCGGCUGUGUCCUCAUUGCCAAGAAGUGGGUCCUGACAGUUGCCCAUUGCUUCGAGGGGAGAGAGAACGCUGCCGUUUGGAAAGUGGUGUUUGGCAUCAACAAUCUCGACCACCCGUCGACGUUCACGCAGACGCGCCUGGUGAAGAGCAUCAUCCUGCACCCUCGCUACAGUCGAGCGGUGGUGGACUACGACAUCAGCAUGGUGGAGCUGAGUGAAGACAUCGCCGAAACCAGCUACGUGCGGCCCGUCUGCUUACCCGGCCCAGACCAGUCCUUGGAGCCCGAUACGUACUGCUACAUCACAGGCUGGGGACACAUGGGCAACAAAAUGCCUUUUAAGCUGCAAGAGGGAGAAGUCCGCAUCAUCUCUCUGGAGCACUGCCAAUCCUACUUUGACAUGAAGACCAUCACCACCCGGAUGAUAUGUGCCGGCUAUGAGUCCGGCACAGUCGACUCAUGCAUGGGUGACAGCGGUGGGCCACUUGUUUGUGAGCGGCCUGGAGGACAAUGGACAUUAUUUGGUUUAACGUCGUGGGGCUCCGUAUGCUUUUCCAAAGUCCUGGGGCCUGGGGUUUACAGCAAUGUGUCAUACUUCGUCGAAUGGAUUGAAAGACAAAUGUACGUCCAUACCUUUCUCCUAAACUAAUUCCAAAGACGAUCAGAGACUUUUGUCAGCUACAUUCAAAGCAAAUGGCCUUUUUGACUGUGGAGAGCUUCCCGCAGAGAGCUGAACAGAAGCACUUUCCGUGGACCGUGAUGCUCAGCCGUGCGCUGCAAAUUUUCAUGUUUGUUUUGGUCUCAUUUUAUGCAGUUUUGUUUCAACUUUACUUUUCUCUUAUUUCAAGUUGAAUGAGAGUCUAAAAAAAACCCAUAAAACAAAGAAAAGCAGAUCUUGUUCUUUUGCCAGGCCUAACCUUGACCUUAGCACAAAAUUUAUCAGCCCUGGAAUAGGGCAGGUGCUAGGAGAACAGGUUAUGGAAAAUUCUCUUUCUUCGAGUCACAGAGAGGACAGAGAUCCCCGAUGAGUAAUCUUUGCCAGUUUUUGUUUCUCGAGCACGGUGGCAAAUUGCAAUAUUAAUGCUGGAGGCUCUCUUUUAUUAAAAGCCAACAUAAUUUACAAAGUUAAAUGUUUACUAUUACUCUUCUCAAGUUUCCAUAAUUCUGAGAACUUACAGUGGACAGAGAUAAAAGACAAGUAGCAUCCAUUGAGGUACCUGAAAUGGAAACAUAUUGAACACAAAGUCUUCAGACAUCAACAUUAGCAUUCCUCAGAGGACUGUCCCCUCUGAACUCAAAUCAAGGAUGUAACUUUAUAGAAAAGUCUCCAUUGAACCUUCUCCAGAGCUGACGUUUGUUCAGGGCGAAUGGGCUGACUGAGAUUUUAACAACCAGAAGAAUAUUCGUGGGAAACAUUUUGUUUUGGCUGUUUGACAGUGAAUUGAGAUUAAACUUUGCCAAGGAGAACUUGCUUUAGACUGGAGAGAUUCAAUUUUUGAAGAUGAAAAUUAAACUGCGCCCGACCCCAAUUCCUUAUUUCCCAAUUUUCCUGCGUUCACCCAUAACAAUAGAGUCACAGAAACGCAUCCCAAAGCACAGUUCAAGUUUGCCGGGAGUAACACAUUUUGUAACUUUCCUUGAAGCAUAUUUAAUAUCUGGUGUUGCUGCCAUUUCCUCCUGUUGAUAAUUAAAACAAAAUUUUUUUAAUGUUUUUAA